UAAUCUAAAGCUUGAUAAAUUAUUCGCUUAUGGUUAUAAGGGAUCCAACGAACUUGUAGCCAAGACUGCGAAGAUGUUUGAAUGGGGUGACAUAAAGCUGGAAAACAACAUCAAGCGAAGAGGAGUAGAUGACACUCGUCGCCUACCCUAUUACCCAUUCCGAGACGACGGAGCCGAGAUAGAGAAGGCUAUACGACUCAUGAUAACGGAUUAUGUGAAUGCCAUGACUGGCCAGCAUGCGUCUGUCAAUUAUCCAAUGAUAGACUACGUUACGUAUGUCCCCAAUUUACCCCUGAAACUCUACGAUUCUGAAAGGAUUCCUAAUACCACAUUUGGUCCUGAGAGGUUGCCAAACAGAGCACAAUCAGCGUCUCAAGCUUCCUUUGGCGCGACCCUUGCUUCGUAUCGUGAGGAUAGUCUCUUCGACUACGGCAAAAAUCUCAAAGACUGCAAAGGUAGAAAAGUGGUGUCUCGAUACUACAACUACCUAAAAGAUGUAGUGGAUCCGCUUUUGGAGAUGAGAAAUCAUAAGAGGCUUGUUAAAGGUCACCUGACCUAUCCCUACAUGCAGCCAAGAUGGGUGCCAAAUGGUAUUCAGACUUAAAAAAUGUAUGCAACUUAUUCAAUUGAUGAGAACGACAACCCAAAGAAAUUCAUAAUAUGAAAAUUAAUGUUAU